AUGCCGCGGCCACUCAGGAAGCUAUUCUCCACGAAAGCCAGCCCAGUAGAGGGAACUGCAGAGAUUGAAGCCGGAUCGAGUGAUACAACCACUAACUUCUUGCGGCUUCCAGCAGAGAUUCGUGCGAAGAUCUACGGGGAGGUCAUCUGCUCAGCCGAGACUAACGAUGAUUUCGGCCUUGCCGAUAGCUUCUGGAACGGAAGCGAGUCCACCGAGAACGGCGACUGUCUUGAUAACGUUGCUCGCACCCCAAACGACCAAGCCAUGCUGGCACACAACUCCACUAUAGCUGCGGGAAACGUAUUAGAUACGGAUGAGACCGUUCACGAUGAUUUUGGAGGGUUCAAAAGCUUCGCCGAUAUCCUAAACCUACGAUUGGUCUGUCGCCAGGUGACGCGGGAACUUGACUAUGAAAUUGUCCAACAUACCACCAGUCGAGUAGAAAGUACGAUCGGCACUGUCAAAAAGCCACUUGGCUACUCCUCCGCUCUUCAGAACAUCCCUUCAGACCCAUUCUGGGACGAGCAGCCAUUGCUUAUUCUCGACUCAGAGCCAAAGACGUACAAGGAUAUUCAGAACCUCUGUAUCACUACAUACGCAUCAGACAUUCACCAAUCGGGUAGCCUAGGAAAUGACGAACAAGUCUUUCUCGAGUCGCUUGCUCCACACGUCCGCAGCCUGACUCUCAAUAUGGCAGUCCCUGAACACGUCUCCGCUGUCUCAGAGCAACACGCCUGCAGAGUAGUAGGCCACGCUGUCGAAAUAUUGACCCUGCACAUGUUCAACGCCAUGUGUAAUACUGCCUUGCAAGAGAAUCGUUCAAAGGGUGAUCCACUUCCGUUGGGUGGAGUGGUUAAAGUCCAGAUCUGCUUUCCUGCCGGUUGCUCUUACGCUCGCUUGGGUCUGCGGGAUUACUUUGUUAAAGUUGGGGGUUUGAUGGGCUUGGAGAUGAAAAUGGUCAAGGAUGAGAAGUGUAAAAUUGUUGGAGUUGUGUUUGCGCUCGUGGGAGUGGAUAGGCUAGCGAAGAGCAGAGCUUCAAAGAGCAAGCGUGUCCUAGGACGGGUCAAGAGCGUCUGGAAGAAGGUGACCCGAGGUCACUUGGGACGGUGA